CUUGUCGGCUUGCCUUCGCUCCGUCACCACGAUCAUCACUCGAGCAUUACAACCAGCAUCAUGGCUCCGCCCCGCUACGACGAAGCGGCCGACGAGGAAGCCGAGUCAGAGGCUCUCAUCCUCCAUAGAUUAGACACAGACCCCAAGAGCGGUCGACCUAGAGUCCACACAAUCCCCUCGGCGCAGCACGACGACGACGACAAUGACGACGCCGGCAGCGACAUCGAAGGACAGUCCGACGAGAUGCUCGAGAAACGCCGUAUCAAGGCCUUGGCCAAGCGAGCAGUUGCAGACGCUACCGCAUCUUCCAAUGCGGACCCCACGACUGGGCGACCACCCUGGCUCGUCGAGGGAACAAAGACCUUUCGCCGUUCACCGCCCCUCAUCCGUGGACUGGUCAUCGCCAUCGCCCUCUUCCUCCUGGGUGGGGUCUUCUACUUCGCACUGGGCGACUCAGAGGCAUUGCAGGGUGGAGCAAAAAAGAUCUGGUCGUACGGUGGCGAGGUGUGGAAGGGCGGGUCUGUCCCUUACACCUUUCCCGGUGAUGUGGGCCACCCUGGUCCGACGGCUACGGGCGCCCCUGGCCAGCUCGAGGAGGAGGAUAAGCUGACUGGCACUCGGCCAUCGCCAGAGAUCCCCGUAGAGACCCACCUCCCGACCAGCCAGUACGGCUCCUUCAAGCCCUUCGACCACAUGGGCCCUCUCACCCCUUACAAGCCCUCAGACGGCUUUGGAGUGGAUGAUGCCAAGUACCACGCCCUCCCCGCCUCGUGCAAGAUCGAGCAAGUCCAUAUGCUCCACAGGCAUGGCAGUCGAUACCCCACCUCCUACUCACCGGCCAUCGAGAUCCAGAAGAUGCUCGCAGCCAAACCUCGCCCCACGUUCAGUGGACCCCUCGACUUCCUCAACACGUACGAGUACCGACUGGGCAAGGAAUUGCUGGUCCCGCUGGGUCGUCAGCAGCUCUACGACUCGGGCGUGGCCGCAGUAAUCCGCUACGGCAAGCUAAUCUACGAAGAUGUGCAAAAGCAUGGCAAGCUAUUCGCUCGGGCUGGGUCCCAGCAUCGCAUCGUAGAGAGUGGACGCAACUGGCUUGCUGGAGCGCUGGGUGCCGCGGAUUGGGAAAGAGAGGCAGAGCUGGAGAUCCAGAUCGAGGACGUCGGCUUCAACACGACGAUGGCGCCGAACUUUGCCUGCCCAAACGCAGACAAGGGUGGGAAAUGGGAGCCUGGUUGGCAGUGGAACAAGGACUGGAUCGAGCACUACGCCAUUGAUGCGGCGAAGAGGUUAGGACAGUAUGCGAAGGGAGUAGAGAUUACUCCCCGCUUGAUCAACGGGCUCCAACAGCUCUGCAGCUACGACACGGUCGCCGGCUACGAUGCUCGCUCCAUCUGCUCACUCUUCAGCACUUCUGACUGGCAGGCCUACGAGUACGCCUGGGACCUCUCCUUCUACGGCUCGUACGGCUCUGGCUCCCCGCUCGGCCCAGCCCAAGGAGUAGGCUGGGUGAACGAGUUCCUCUCCCGCCUUGAGGGACAGAAGUGGGACCCGAAGCUACAGACAAGCGAAAAUGCCACGCUGGAUAGCUAUGCGAGGACCUUCCCCGUAGACAGGAAGUUCUACGUCGACUUCACACACGAUAGCGUUAUCGCUAACGUCCUUGCCGCCUUGAAUCUGCCCGAGUUCGCGGCCGCGCUGGACCCGAUGCCUAGCAGGCUGGACGAGGGGAGGAGAUACAAGAGUAGCGAGAUUGUCCCCUUUGCUGCUCGGCUCGUCUUUGAGAAGAUUCAGUGCGGUGGCGGACAGGAGCCGCUGAUUAGGAUGCUCUUGAACGACGCUAUCGUGCCGCUCAAGCAGCUCAAGGGCAGCGGAUGUGAUAGCGAGGCGAGGGAAGAUGGGAUGUGCACUUUGAAGAACUUCUUGCGCAGUCAGGAGGGGAGGAUGGAGAGGGUCAGGUGGGAGCAGUGCUUUGAGAAGUAGUGGGGGAUGCGCACGAGAAUUGAUACAUCAUUGUCACCUUCGUCGUCCUUGCCAGCCCCGCGUCUCCGUAGAGAGGGGGACGAGAAUGACCACAGCUAUGUGAGCUCGCCACUGUGCUGCAACAGUGAGAAGAUGAGAUGAAGAAAGG